AUGGCGGGGAACGGAGCUAGAGCGCACAAAAGCGAGGGGGAGAAGAGGGGUCCGGAGCAGGAGCUCACAGCGGAUCCAGCGGCGUGCUCAGCGGGCUCGGAGAAGAGCCCCCUCCUCCAGCCGGCCGCCGGCGCCGCGGGGCCGGAGUGUCAAUUUCUCCCCGACCGAGCGGAGAGCGACAUGGACGACCCCGACUUGGGGGCGGCGGCUUUGGAGGACGACGCUGAGGGAGGAGGUGGCGAAGCAGGCGGCUCAGGGCUCGGUGCCAGCCUCGAGGACUGGCCAGACGACGACGCGGGGAAGUCGGCCCCGCUCAAUCUUGAGAAGUCGGCCGCCGCCUCCAUCGUUGGGUCGGCGGAGACUUCUGCCACCGCCCGGCGAAUCGACCUGGCCGCCGACCUCCGGGAGGCAAUGGAGGGAAACGCGCGCGAGGAGCAGGAGGCCGCCCGCCUGGAGAAGGCGGAAGCGGAAAGGGCGGAGGCUGCCGCCCUGAAGAAGCUGGCGGACGCUGAGGUAGCCACCGCAGCAAAGAACCAGGCUAAAGAAGCCGCGCGCCGCCAGUCGGCGAUAUUCAUCACUCCCCUGAACUCCGCGCCGCCACCACCGGAGUUCGUGGCGCAGACUGGGGAAGCCGGCGGUGAACACCCUGUCAUGGAGAGGGACAGCGGCGACGUCACCAUGCCUGACGUAAUCGUGCCCCGGCCGCCACCUUCUGAGGAAGCGCGGGACAAGCAGCCGGCUGAUCCACCGGCGCUACCCGCCGGAGAUGAAAUGGCGACGGGCCUAACUCCCGGGGUCCCUACCCCGACGCGUCGCCGGCUUGCCAAGGCAGCCUCGGCGCCACGCCCGCUGGAGACCGGCGCCGCGAGCUCCUCAAUCCCGGACACCGAGGCGACCAGUGCCGCGCCCACUGGGUGGGUGCGGGGAGGCGGGACGGGCCCUCCGAACAAGGCGAUCCUGGACGUUCAAGCCAAACUCCGCGCCGAGGCCGAUGCUCUCAAGAACUGCAACAAGGCGUUCUUGGAAUCGCGAGAGGCCAUCCGGGUGUGCUUCUUGCUUCUUCAGGCCAACGCCGCCUUGCAGCAACAGCUGGGCGAAGCCAACACCGUGAUGCGUGCCAAGGAGGUGGAGUGCGGCAAGCUGGCUGAAGAGCACUUCUUCCCUGGUCACUCUGACGCCGCCAAUCAGGCCAUUGAAGCUGAUCACGAAGGACGGAGGGCGGAAGGUGCGCAGAUUGCUGCCAACGCCCCCCAGACCCUUAGCGAGCAGCUCCUGAGCAUCGAGGCCCGACUUCGGCCGGCUCACCGGAUGCUGCGCCAUCUUCAGUGUGUCGGCGCCUAG